UGUCCCAAGUGAAAUGAAAACAACAUAAACAAACAAGCUUCAAACCACAAGUCUUCCUUUAACAAUACCAAUUUGUUACUAAUCGAAAUUAACCGUGUUCUCCUUUCUCUUGAUAUCUGUCUUACUCUUUUUUGAGAGUUUACCUUCUAAAGGAAUCGUCAAGCAUGGAAUCAAUGGAUGAAGAGGAUGUAGAAAACGUCCCACUCUCUCCUGAGGAAAUUGAAUUUGAGCAGACAGUUGCAAGAUAUGAUGAGGUUUUGGCAAAAUUGAAACUGCUGCGAGCUCGCCUUUUGAUGAAUUCAGCUAAUUUAGCAGGAGAUUUAUCAAAAGGAUCCAGAAGUUCACAAGACGUUUUAGAUGUUACUCAAAGCCUCAACGUAAUUGAAGAAAAGUUCCAUUAUUUGAGCAUUCAAGAAGAGAUGCUGAAACAAAUAAAAGUUUCUACACUUGCUUGCGAAAUUGUCACUAGUGACAGUCCUAAUGAUGGCCUUGACACUUUACUAAAAGAACACUGUGCCAAUCAAGCAAAGCUCCUUGAACUUUCAAAAUCUAUCAGAAAUGAGAAACUGAAACAGAAAAAAGGAAUAGAAAAGCUUUUAGAUCGGCUCUCUCAAUUUACUGCAUCACUGAAAGACGACCAAGAGAAACUUGAUGGAAAUUCUGAAGCGGAUUCUGAGACCAAUCUUAAAUUGAAGCAAAGCUUGGAGAAACAAAUAAAGGACAUACGGUUCAUGCAAAUUUGCAUCUCACAGAUUAUUGUAAACAAGCAAGUAGACUUAAGGCAGUCUCAAAAAUUAACUGGCAUUUUAAAAUCUGCAAGAAGUCCAAUAACUUCCAUUGAACAUUUUAUUUCAUGAUUCAAAUAUGUUUUCCUGUUGAUAAUGUGCAAUUUUACUGUAGCAAUUUCUCUGUCUCUCUUAUUUACUAGGUUUAAGAAACUUAAUGAAGAUUGUAAAAAUUAUUAUGUGAUUUUUAUUUUUUUAAAGUUGAGUUUGUGAUGUCUUAUUUGGUCAUGAUUAAAGAUUAUGUUUCAUAGCACUGCA